UCUAUGGAGCGGUUAGUCUCCCACCCAUCUACAGUCCCACCAGUGUACAGUCUGCAGCAGUAAGGUGCCUAUCACAGCGGACUGACAGCAGCAGAUCUUCGCACUUGAAGCAGUGGAGGCUCAGACAGGAUGGCCAACUCAACGCGUAUCUUCUGCAGUGUGGUUUUCAUCAUGGGGUUGCUUUCCUCUCCUGUGGAUUGCAAAAGAAACCGAGGUUCACAAGGCGCCAUUCCUCAUCCUGACAAAAACAACCCAAACGAAUCGGAGCAGCAACCGCAGCCUCCGCAGGCGGGCUCCGGGUCCCGGCAGAGGCAGGGCUCAACCUCACCGGCCGACGAGGUACUGGAGUCCAGCCAGGAAGCGUUACAUGUGACAGAGCGCCAGUAUUUGAAACGGGACUGGUGCAAGACGCAGCCCCUCAAGCAGACCAUCCACGAGGAGGGCUGCGUCAGCCGCACCAUCAUCAACCGCUUCUGCUACGGACAGUGCAACUCCUUCUACAUCCCCAGGCACAUCCGCAGGGAGGAGGGUGCCUUCCAGUCCUGCUCGUUUUGCAAGCCGAAGCGUUUUACCACCAUGACUUUUACUUUGAACUGUCCGGACCAGCAGCCGCCCACCAAGAAGAAACGCAUCCAGCGCGUCAAACAGUGCCGCUGUAUAUCCAUAGAUCUGGACUAAACACAGUGUUUUUCAUAUUCUUCUUCGUGGACAGAAUCGCUGGUAGAAAGGCUGUCACACAGCCCAAAGCACGUGCCUGUCUCCAUCUAGAAGGAAGCAUCCACGAGGGCUUCGUAAACGUAGGCUACAAUGAUUGUCUUCUUGCACAACGUGUGAACAAAUAUGGACAUGCAACUAAGAAAUCGACGUUGAUUUAACUCCUCACCAGUUUGCCAAGUUUGUAAAACAAGCAUCACUGCACGGGAACGCUGACUUGGAAUGGGCACGUUUUACGCACGGCUUCCUCACCCCGAGAGGACUGCAUAACUCCGGUUUAUUUAAUAGAUCUAAAUGCUUUUUGUGACACGAGAACAUCCCUGUCCAAUUUUGUUUUUUUGUGUGCAUAUCUUUUUUUGUUUAACUGGAUGUUUCCACUGUGUGGAAUUUGACGAAUGAGCGGCGAUAUCUGUAAAUGGAAAAUGUGAUUUUUAUUUCGAUAUUUCAAGAAUCUUUCAAGGUGAAUUGAUUUCUGUGAAUUUCGUAGUCCAUCAGUAUUUUUUUUUUUGCAAGUUGGGCGCCUACUUACUCAGCUGUAGAGACGUUAGGCUUCUUUGUUAGUUGAAAUGGAAAGUGUACAGCGGUGGUUUACACAGUAUCGAGGUUAAAUAGUUGUCAAAUGUAAAGCCAUCUGUGAUGUAACCGGUUUGUUUAUCCCUUUGAUUAAAUUAUCCAUGAAAAACAUAAAAUAAACGGAUGUUGGAAUAUUG